AAUGAGAAUUGUUGUUCUCAUUACCAGUUUCACUUUUGAUCGAGACUGAAUUAAUUACCGAUCAUGCUGCCGUUCAUUUUCUUGGUGGUCGGUGUUCUUGCGCAGCAGACGUUCGCUGAGGAACCCGAGGCGAUCGUUGGUGGUCAGCCCGCCACACCAGGCGAAUUCCCUCAUCAAUGUUCCCUCAGGGUGAAUGGCAAUCACAUUUGCGGCUGUUCCAUCAUUGGUCCGACGAAAAUCUUGACUGCUGCACAUUGCGUGCACGGCAUUGCGUAUCCACCCUACAGCAACGUGAAGGUUGCUGUUGGCACCAUCUCAAGAACCGGUGGAACACUUUAUGAUGUACUAAACGUUGUCGUUCAUCCGCAAUACUCCGACAGCAGUCGAGACUCUUGGAAAAAUGACGUCGCGGUGAUGACGCUCAAAAGGCCAAUCCAAUACAACCAGUACGUACAACCGAUCGGCCUGGCACGCUCUACGCCGCGCGCCGGACAGCAAUGUCAAUUAUCCGGAUGGGGUAUGACCAGAGCGAAUGGACCACUCGCGGAUUCCCUUCUCAAGAUGUAUCAGGGUAUCGUCGACAGGAACCAAUGCCAGCAAAUCCACCGUAAUAUGCCUUUGACUGGCAGCCACUUGUGCGCGGUGAAUCAACGUGGAAUUGGUGCUUGCCAGGGUGACAGCGGUGGCCCGUUCAUCUGCGGUGGCGUACAGUGCGGUAUUACUUCCUGGGUUGCUCCUUGCGCACAGGGUGUACCUGACGUCUACACCGAUGUCGCAUACCAUUAUAACUUCAUAGUGCAAAACUAAAACAGAAUUAAAAUAAUUAAUAAUUUUCAGAAAUAGAAAAUCAAGAUAUAUAAUAAUAAAUAAAUUUAAUAAAUUCUUGUCUAAUUGGGUAAUAUUCAUUACCAUGAUGUAUCAAUGCAAAUUAAGCAUACAUCAUUACCGAUUUAUUAAUAAUAAUUAAUAUUUGUUAUAAUUUGUGCUUUACAAAGUUCGAAAUCAUGUGCUUAUUUUGUGUAUAUUUAGCUUAAGAAAUUGUCAGCAGAUUAACAAUAAGAACAGUCUAAAAUAUUUAAAAUGUUCAUUAAAUUUACCUUGAAUUAUUACCACCUUUUUACGUUUUUUAAUACAAUAAAUUGCAACGUAUAAUAGU